CCUCUUCUGAAACAGUCUCCUUGGAGCAACCACCAGAGCAGUGGCUGGGGCACUGGAAGCAUGUCGUGGGGAGCGGUGCAUGGCAGAGAUCAUCGCAGGACUGGAAACAUGGGCAUGCCAGGAACUAUGAACCAGAUUUCGCCAUUGAAGAAGCCGUUUUCUGGUAAUGUCAUAGCACCACCGAAAUUUACUCGCUCCACUCCAUCACUGACUCCCAAGUCUUGGAUUGAAGACAAUGUGUUCAGAACAGACAACAAUAGUAAUACACUCUUACCCUUACAGGUGAGAUCUAGUUUGCAGUUCCCAGCUUGGGGCUCAGAUUCACUCCAAGAUAGUUGGUGCACUGCAGCCGGAGCCUCCAGAAUAGACCAGGAUCGAAGUCGAAUGUAUGACAGUUUGAAUAUGCACUCUCUGGAAAAUUCCCUCAUUGAUAUUAUGAGAGCAGAGCAUGAUCCUCUAAAGGGUCGAUUGAGCUAUCCACAUCCAGGAACUGACAAUCUUUUGAUGUUAAAUGCAAGGAGUUAUGGGCGAAGACGAGGUCGCUCUUCCCUCUUUCCAAUAGAUGACGGCCUGCUGGAUGACGGUCACAAUGAUCAGGUUGGUGUUUUAAACUCACCGGCCUGCUACUCGGCUCACCAGAAUGGAGAGCGGAUAGAACGCUUCUCAAGAAAAGUUUUUGUUGGUGGUCUUCCUCCAGAUAUUGACGAAGAUGAAAUAACUGCUAGCUUCAGAAGAUUUGGCCCUCUGGUAGUAGAUUGGCCUCACAAAGCAGAAAGCAAAUCCUAUUUUCCACCAAAAGGCUAUGCAUUCCUUCUCUUUCAAGAAGAGAGCUCAGUUCAGGCACUAAUCGAUGCUUGUAUCGAAGAAGAUGGAAAACUCUAUCUGUGUGUUUCCAGCCCUACCAUCAAGGACAAACCAGUGCAGAUCCGCCCCUGGAACUUAAGUGACAGCGACUUUGUGAUGGAUGGUUCCCAGCCUUUGGAUCCUCGGAAAACAAUCUUUGUUGGAGGUGUCCCUAGGCCACUAAGGGCUGUGGAACUCGCUAUGAUCAUGGACCGUCUCUACGGUGGAGUUUGCUAUGCAGGAAUCGAUACAGACCCUGAGCUGAAAUACCCAAAAGGUGCUGGUCGAGUUGCUUUCUCCAAUCAGCAGAGCUACAUUGCAGCCAUCAGCGCACGGUUUGUUCAGCUUCAGCACGGCGACAUUGACAAGCGAGUGGAGGUGAAGCCAUACGUGCUAGAUGACCAGAUGUGUGAUGAAUGCCAGGGUGCACGCUGCAGUGGAAAAUUUGCUCCCUUUUUCUGUGCCAAUGUCACUUGCCUGCAGUAUUACUGUGAGUUUUGUUGGGCAAAUAUCCACUCUCGUGCAGGGCGGGAGUUCCACAAGCCAUUGGUGAAGGAAGGCGCUGAUCGCCCGCGUCAGAUCCACUUCCGCUGGAACUGAGGAGCCCGCGGCCUCGGCCCAGGACAGGGGCCCGCGGCUGACCGGUCCGAGGACGACUGCAGGAGUAAGUGCGCCGGCGCUCACCCAGCUCUCGAUACAUGCAUCUUUAUCAGCAGCCAAACACUACAAGCCUCUUGUUUUCACCAAAACCCUACAUCUCAGGCUUACUAAUUUUUGUGAUAUUUUCAUGUUAAAAUAAAAUGUUUUUUUGUAUUUUCUCCAAGUUAUUUUUAUAUGUAAAGUUAAAAUUAGAUAAGAGAAUGUUUUGCGUAGGGGCAAACAGUCUGCUGCUAUGUAGUGGGUGAAGCGUGCACUUAUUUCUAAAUGUGGGUUUUUAACUUCAAGAUCUGCCCCAGUAAUUUACCAAAGGUAGCAAAAUAAUAGUGAAGAUGGAAUAUGUCUGCUACAAAUGCUUAUUUUUAUUGUUGCUAUUUUCAGUGUAUACAUAAACUAAAAAUUAGGGUUGAUUUUUUUGCUCUCCAUUUUGACUUGCAAGAAAUAAUACCUCAAGAUAAUCUGAUUUAUUAGCUAUUUUUAAACAUUUUUAAUCACAAGCUGUUAUUAGCUUUGCUGCUAUAUAGGUGUUAUGUGUAAAUGCCACCUAUUAAUACGGGAUUGAAAACGUUAGAGACACACUGCAUUGCAGAUAAAUGCAGGCAGCACAAUAUGGCCUGAAGGGCCAUAGUUUUAGAAUGUGAAAACAAUGCAUGUUUACUUACCUGUAUACACCAUAUGCAUGCACUAGAAUUAUUAACUAACAAGAGGUGAGGUAUUGCAAAUGCUCAAAAAAGCUCUCUUGAAUCUAGGUAGCAUGGACAAAUUAUAAAAUUUGUUUUUUAAAAAAGCAAACUUGCAUGCAUUAUUGUGACUUCAAGUGGAAAAAAUUGUCCUACACGUGUACAAUAUGCAAAUUAGUUUUAGAUUAGAGAGUGCAGCCAUUUUGUGAUCUGGUCGGUAGUGGAAUUCGAUUUUAUGCAGACUGGAUGUAAUAUUUGUAAUCCCUGUGCAAUUUUGUGAUGUGCGGUUCUAAUUCAUGUGCAGUGAUAUAGUAUAGAUAAAGAUUGAAUACAAGAAAAAUACUAGACUUUUCAAGAAAGUUGCUUUUAGCCCCUUUGAUGUUCAUGGUUAAGACAUCCUUUAGAAACCAAAGAUGGCCAGCACACCGCUGACCGGUCACCCGAUGGAGGACCCACAAGAAGCCCUUAUUCCAACAAAUGAAUUUUAUAGACAAAUGCGAGACUUUAGCAAACCUAAGUAAAGUCAAAAUGGAGAUGGGGAAAUAUACAGAUGGCUAGUUGCGUAUAAUUCCAUUUAUUCGACGAGAGCGGUGAGAUCUGGCUUCCCGCAUCAUCUGUUGACCUGUGUAUACUGGGGUCUUCUGUCUAACCUGGGCUCGCUGUUGCAUGGGACACUGUUGUUCGUAAUGGUUAAGAAUUGCUUUUUUUAAAUUUUGAUGAAGGAAUUUUGGUAAUAACUUUGCUUGCAUUUUAUUUUAUUUCAUUUUAUUUUGAGAAAGUGGCAUGGAAACGUGCACUAGUUAAUGAGUUUCUCUUGGUAACGAACACUAUUAGAGUAUCGCUAGUGGUAUUUUUUCUCUUUAGAGCACUUUUAACGCAGCUAGCCCCUAUAUUUUAAAGCAAGAGUUACUCUGCAAUCUGAGCAAAGCACCCAACGAUGGUAAAAAAAUUUUUUUUAAUGCAGAAAUAAGAUUCUUGACUCUAAAGAGAGAAAAUUACAAGGGUGUUGCCUUAUCGCAACCCCUUGGGACAAUCCUUACGUGAGCAAAGUGUUGAUCUUGAUAUUGGUUGUCUGUAGUGUGCUUUUUGUACUGUAAAAAUAUGUGGUUCAUGUCUAACUCUGCUGUUUUAUUGUGGUUGUGGUUCAAGUUUUUAAUGUUUAAAGUUGAUGCUGUUUUCAGAAGAGCUUUUUACUAAUUUAUUUGUCGAUGUUCCCUAUUUGUUACUUAACCAUGAUCCUCCAGAUUUUUGGAGUAUUCUUUUCUAACCUUAACCCUGCCAACCUUGAUCCAUUUGACAUUUGUUAUGCACUAUUUUUAUAUCUCUGUGAGAGAUUUUUCCAACAGUCAGCUAUUUUAUGGCACACUUUUUUUGACUGAUGACAUCUCCUUUGCUAUACCUCAAUUUUUGGAAUUUAGAAAAGAAAUCAGUAGUUUUGCAAUGUUAAUUAUUUAGAUAUUUAAUUUCGCAGAUUUUUUAACUUUAUUUUCAUAAUUUCUGCUUAAUGUUUAAAAUUGAAGAGCCUUUUCAUGUAUUAAAUAAUGAGCACUAAAGUAAAUUAUAUGAUAAAAUAAUUGGAGAUGUUGAAAAUCGCUUUCCCUUCCUAAACAAAAAUAAAUAUUGGGAGUGAAGGGAAAUUUUGGCCGUGGGUAUAAAGGACAGAAGUGUCAGGUUUGUCUCACCUUCACUUCUGUUGCAAUUAAAGCUUGUCAGUCUAAUCUUUGGUUCACCCCCCACUCCACCUCCCCCCACCUUUUUUUCCUUCGGCCUUUGUGUACUGCAUCCAUGUUUUCUAACUGUUGAACACUGUAUUGAAGUUUUUUUUUAAUUUACAGAUCAUAUUUAUUUUACUAUUUUUGUAGAAAAUUAUUAAUUUUGAUUGUAUUUUUGUAUUUGCAAAGCUUCUUCACUUGUGUUCCCUAAAUGUUCAUAUUGCUGUCCAAAAGUAUGACUGUGGAGGAAAAAAAAACUACUUUAAAAAUCCACACUUUUUGUUAAGAAGGAAACAUUUAGCAUUUAUAUAUUUGUGUAUGGAAAACACUUGACAUUUUCUCCCUGUCGCAUCUGGCUGCACAGAGCCUCUCCUCAAAGAUGCCGCAAAACUUGAAUACAACACACUUUGGAAGGCUGAUAACCUCGACCUGUGUCGUGAUGUGCAAUACUGUUUCUAAUGUUUGUAUAAAAAUAACAGUGUAAACCUUUUUAAUGCAAAUUUAUUUUUUUCAUUGCAUAUUUUGCAGAUUUUAUCCACAGUGUCAUUUUUUACUGUCAGAAAAGAUACCCCUUUUGUCAUUGCAACUAUUUUUUAAAUCCAGAAAUCUUUGUACUGAUGUAAAUGAUUGUAGUUAUUUUGGAUAGUGUUUUGCUAACAAAAGGAGAGACUUUUUUCAUGCAUAUUUCUAUUUUGUUUUUUUGGGUUUUAUUUUAUUUUAAUAGUAGUAAAAUACUUGGAAUAAUUUUUCAUAUUCUUGUCAUUAAUAUUAUUUUGUAUUUUUAUGUGGAAAUAUAUAAUUUUAUGACACUAAUUGCUAAAGUUUAUUUUAUGUUGAAUUAUUUUUGGAGCUGAAAUCUUUGUAAUAUUAAAGCAACUAGUUUCUAAUUCCCAGUUUCUGUAUAGAAUCGCACAAGUGGUUUAUGGAGUGUUUGGAUUGUAAUUACAAAUGGUUCUUUGAUAUGCAAAUUAAUAUUUUCAGUUGAUUUUAUUUUAUAUUCCUAAUGGGGUGUUAAAGCCGUUUUUUAUUUUUUUCUAAAUAAAAAGAGAACCCAUGCUUUUAUGGACACUAGGUAAACGCCUUCAGCUUAAAUUCUUUUGUUAAAAUAUUUUUCGUUUAUUUUAUUGUUACCUUCCAGGUGUCUAAAUCUCCAGUCUGUCUGUUGUACUGGUAAUUUAACUCUGUAAUGGAAUAGUUUGCUGCCAACUAUUUAUAUUAAGUAAUUUUUAAAUAUUUGUAAUAUUGUUGACUGACUAAUAAACUAUUAAGUUAU